CAUUUGCAGCUAACAACUGACACCAUAGGUAGGUACACAACGCGUAAAAAUGGAUUACAGCAAGUGGGAUCACAUUGAGAUCUCUGAUGAUGAAGAUGAUAUUCAUCCAAACAUUGACACGCCCAGCUUGUUUAGAUGGCGGCACCAAGCUCGUAUGGACAGAAUGGAGGAGCAACGUAAAGAAAAAGAAUCCAUACAAAAUAGCGUUACUGACUUACAAAGAAAGAAGGCUGAGAUGAAGAAAAAGUUAGAAGAAGCUGAAACAGGUCAGUUGAAUAUGGAUAAGAUAAAACUGGAGGUUGAAGAAAUAGAAAAGCAAGAAAAAGAAUGGAGGAAGAAAGAGGAAGAAUUUGCCAAGAAAGAAAGGCUCACUCCACUGAAUGUGGAUACUCUGAGCCAUGAUGCCUGGCAGAAAACUAUUAUCAACAAACCACCGGCGAAGCCAACCAAUGUAAUACUCUCAGAAGAAGAGCAGGAGAAAAAGCAGAGAGAAUUCAUUAAAAAGUACGAGAAGGACAUCAAGAAGUUUGGUAUUAUGAAGAAGUGGGAUGUCAGCAAGGCAUUCAUGGAGGAGAAUAGGCACCUUGUGUGUGAGGAGACGGCCAACUACCUUGUUAUCUGGUGCAUAGAUCUGGAAGUGGAAGAGAAACAUGAGUUGAUGAGUCACGUGGCGCAUCAGACGAUCGUCAUGCAGUACCUUCUGGAGCUGGCCAAGCAGCUUGAUGUCGACCCCAGAGCCUGCAUUGGCAGCUUCUUCACAAAGAUCAAAACUGCUGACAAAGUUUACUUGGAUGCAUUUGAGGACGAACUGAGAUUGUUUAAGGGACGGGUUAAAGAACGUGCUGAAGCAAGAAUAGAGAGAGCCAUGAAGGAAUAUGAGGAGGAGGAGAAGCAGAAAAGGCUUGGCCCAGGAGGGUUGGACCCAGUGGAAGUCUUUGAGAGUCUUCCCCAGAUAUUGAAGAGCUGCUUCGAGACACAGGACAUACCGCUGCUGCAGAAAACUUUGCUGGAGCUCCCCGAAUCCGAUGCUCGAUACCACAUGAAGCGCUGUGUAGACUCGGGGCUGUGGGUUCCUGAAGCCAGUGCCAAGGAGGAGCUGGAGAAAGGUAUGAGCAAGGAAGAGGUAGGCAAGGAGGAAGAGAAAAAGAAGGCUGCUGCUUAAUGGAGAUGUAGGGGGCAAAUAAGGAGUGGCUAGAGAAGGGAAAAGGAAAUGAAAGCUGCAUAUGACGAGAAGUGGAGGCUGAUAAUCGGGAAGGUGAACUAUUGGUUUGUGUUAGUCACCUUUCAACUACAUGUUGCAAACAACUUUGCAGAUAUUCUUCAAGUUCCAGUAUGAAUCGUGACAUUGUUUAGUGUGUACCGUUUCAGCAAUGGCAGUGCCGAAUUUUUUUAGUGUGUUAACUCGUGUAUCAUUUAUUUAUCAACUGUGAUCCUGGUUAAUAUCAUAUAUAUAUAUCAGUUUUUGGAAUAAUGAUUGAUUUCCUGUUAAAAAUGAAAUUUUAAAGAAUACGAAUGUUUGUAUAUUGGCAUAUUUUUUGGCAAAUAUCACUUACACAUUCAUUGGUUGUAUUUUUAUGUAAGCUGUUUAAAUUCAAGAUGUGUUCAAAAAAAUUACAAGAAAAGAAGGAAAACUGACUUUACAUUGUUUAUCCCAGUGAUGCGAGUUCGUUCCACUCAAAAAUAAAUUGACAAAAAACGUUCAGGUUUAGCAAAACCGAAUGAAAGUGUCUAUAAACUUGGACCAAUAGCCGUGGGAGACAUUUAUGCUGCCCCUUGACUAUUCUUGAAUAUAAUAUCUAUUUUGCAAUUUUCACCCAGAAUAUACAGCAGUGCUUAGCAUCGUUACCCCCCCCCCCAGUGUUUGGUGCAUGUAUGGUAGACACGGAACCAUGCAGGAUUCCUGUGUCUAUUGAUUUGCUGCUGGCAUAACUGCAGGGAUUUAUGAAUCGACAUUUCCACCAAUAUUUAGUGCAUAUGACAUUUUUUAAAGUAAUGUUUUUGUCUAUAAAGUCUAUACAGGAUAUCCCUACUUGUGCGAUAAAAUGACUGAAAAAUUCGAGAGCAAGAUGAAUGUAUAACACUACUGUUGAGCUAUAUUUAUUCAAUCAUAGUCAAACGAUUAUGUACUGGAAUUGUAUUUUGAAUCUUACUUCUUUAUAUGAUGUUACUCACAAUAUAAAAUGUGCACUAAACACCUACUACCAAAAUAUCAUUGCAAGCCUGCAAUCUGUUCAAUGUGAAUUACUACAAUGUAACUACUUAAAUGUGAGUAAUCUUAAAUAAAUUGCAACGUUUUUUAUGCUUCAUA